CACAGUUGCCACGAGACACGGUCGAAUUUUGGUCUAGAUGCUGGUUAUGGCCGACUUUGUACGUCCACUCAGCGCCGAGUUGCGCCACAUUGCUGAGACGGAGCUAAAUGAGGUGGCGGAACGUUUGCCUGCGGAUCUGCAGGCUCUGCGGGAUUGGCUGGCCAAGCAGCCGCAUCUAAAAUGCCGCCAGGAUGCACAGUUUUUGGUUGCCUUUCUGCGCGGCUGCAAAUUCAGCCUGGAGAAGGCCAAAUCCAAGCUGGAUCAUUUCUAUACCAUAAAGAGCAUGAUGCCCGAAGUGUUCGGCAAUCGUCAAAUGGAUGAGCGCAACAUUGCGCUGUGUCGCACCGGCACAUAUGUGCGGCUACCCAAACCCUUUGGCACCGCCGGACCACGCAUCACGCUAACGGAUUACUCCAAAUUCGAUCCGAAGAUCUUUAAAAUGCUCGACCUGUUUCGCUAUCAGACGCUGCUUAUGGAGCGCCAGAUACGCGAGGAUGACAAUAGCAUUAUCAGUGGCUACAUUGAGAUUAUCGAUUUGUCUCAGAUGAGUCUCAGCUUUGUGGCCCAAAUGGACUUUACGCUCAUCAAAAAAAUGGGCGUGUUUGCGGAAAAGGCGUCGCCUACGCGCAUGAAGGGCGUCCAUUUGGUCAACUGUCCCAAGGAGGCGGCUGCUGUGCUCAACCUGGCCAAGAGUCUUAUGCCCACCAAGCUACAAAAUCGAUUCUAUGUGCACAAAAACAUGGAGCAACUCUUCGAGAUAAUACCACGCGAAUAUCUGCCAGAGGAGUACGGUGGCGACAAUGGACGCAUUGGUGAUAUCAUUGCCCAGAUGGAGCAGGAGAUGCUCGGCUAUAACGACUACUUGAAGGAGGAGAACGAUUACGGCGUUAACGAACAGCUGCGACCGGGCAAACGUCUAAGUCCCGACACGCUGUUCGGCAUUGAGGGCUCCUUCCGUAAAUUGGACAUCGAUUAGAUUAGCUCACACCAUGAACUGAAAUUGAAUGGGAAAAAAAUCCCGAAAUUGCCUUAACUUUAAAUUUAAUUAAAUGCCAACGCAAACGGAACUCAAGCCA